CAAAGAAGAGGUCUUUCAGGUCUGAUGACUAACGUUAACUGGAACUAAAAGUUUUAUUAACGGGCACAAAGAAUCUUGUAAGCGUAGUGCAUAACUGAAUGGAUCCUGCUGUACUGACAAAGAUGGCAAAUGUAACAACUAUGAGGGUAACAAGACAAACGGCAAAAGUUGCCCCUGCUGAGAAAAAUCAAAGAGCUACCACUAAGAAAAAGAGAAAGAGAAGAGUGACAGAAAAUGAAAUUCCAGCCGCAGAUACCAAUGGUGAUCAGGCGGAGGCGACCGAGAACGAUGAAGACGAAAACUCCCCUAACAAGAUUAGGAAGCUGUCUGGUGGGGGAGUGGAGACCAAUGACAGUGUGGAGGACAUGGAGCUCAAAGACCAGGGUGAGGAUAAGGUUGAAGACCAGGACCAAGAGAUGCUUGAGGCAGGGGAGGAAGAAGAUGAGGAGGAGGAGGAGGAGGAGGAGGAGGAGGAGGGGGAUUCAAGCAACUGUGACAGACAUCAGCAAGAAAAAUAUUCCUCUGGAGAACCUCGAGCACAUAUGUUGAGGACAAGUGUCCCUUACCAGUACACUCAACAACCUCCCACUUCCCUAAGGAGUCGCCGAACUCCCAUUCAUUUGGAAAAUCCUGGGAAUAAUGGUGCUGCAUAUAUCACAGAACAUAAGCCUGUAGUAUGGCAAAGUGACACUUUAAACUAUGAAUAUGUCAUUUUAAUCAUGUUCCUUUCAUCCUCAGACACUCUUCAAAGACACAAAGAAUACCUUAAGGAGAGAGAUAUGUACACUCUGGGCCAUCAGACUGCGGGGGCACUUAAAGCAAGGGAGAGCAUUAGACAGUACAGGCGGGAGAAAGAGUCACCCAGAGAAAACUAUCAAAGCUGGAAAUGGAACCCUUCGUCAGAAGCAAGGGUACCAUGUCCAAGUCAACAGUAUGUGAAGCCAAUGGUGUCUUAUGACUUCAAAGUUCCUUCUCAGAAGCCAGCUGCCAAAGGAGGAAGACAAGCGUUAAGGGAACAGACUGCGAUAAAGGCAAAGUCGUACUCAUCCUUUGCAGGAUGCUGUUGGAAGCUCUGUUGUUUAGGUCUGGUUGUGGUCAGUGUCAUUGUUCUGUUCCUUCUGAUUGGCAAAAGAGUCCCUCAGCCUGAGAGUGGAGCAGACACUCACACAAAAGACUUUGAGGCCAAUUUUCUGGCUGUGGAAUCCCGCUUUCCCAGCCAGAGGGCUGAACUGUGGAAGCGGAGCAAAAUCCACGUGGAGAAGCAUCUCCAGACGGCCCAGCCCACGGAGCCGGUCAGCAUGAUCCUGACCUCGGGUCACAGGGCUGAAAGGACUCUGCAGUGCCUGGCCAGCCAAAUGGCUGCUGCCUUCUCCCAGGCACACAAUGCUACCGUCCUCCACAUAGACGGGAUCAGCGAGGCCAAGCUGGACAGUGACCAGGCCAAGCUGGACAUUGACAACAAGCUUAAAGACGCCUUUGAAGGGGACAAGAGGGCAGCCGUCAUUCAUCGGUUCGAGGAGCUCCCCCCAGGGUCCACGCUUAUUUUCUACAGGUACUGUGACCACGAGAACGCAGCUUACAAGAAGGUGUUCUUAGUUUUCACUAUCUUGCUGCCAGUGGACGAGGUCAGCGCUGAGCUUAGUCUGAAGGCCGUGGAGGAGGUGGUGCAGGACUACUUGCAGAAAAGGUUCCUCUCCUCGUCCCAGCCAGUUUCCUUCAAUCACAUGGAUGUCGAUAAAUUUGGUGGACUCUGGAGUCGAAUCUCACAUCUGAUCCUGCCGGUGGUGGCAGAGCAGGGCAUUGAGGAGCAAGGCUGUGCGAUCUGAGGGAGUUCCCCCCCGAGCUUCACAGUGAGAAGCAAUGUGUGCCUGAUUUUACUCACUCUGUUCCUCUGUUUAAAUUCAAACAUGUUGGAUUACGGAAUGGGUGAAGUAUAUCUGCAAAGGUGUGGUACUGCUAUAAAAACUACCAGGUCCUACUCAUGAGUUUCAGGCAGAUUCACACAUGGUUGCACAUCAGCCAAGCACAUUGUUGCUGUUCUGAGUUGCUGAAUGUACUGUAGGAGACAAAACCUCUGAGCUUUUUUCUCUAAAGCGGUAGAUUUGAUAACAUGCUUUUACUAUGUCUCGACCAUACCUGUUGUCACAUAUUUCAGUUGCACUCUCUACCUGAGGGACAGCACUUAGAGGGACAGGAAAAAAAUGACAUUGUACUACUGGAA